UCAAACUCCCGCCAAAACUCUUCAUGAUCCGCAGAUUUUACUCAGGAAAUCAAGAAUUUAUCCGUUCUUUGAUUUCAAAGUCAUUGUCAAUUAUAAAAUCGCAUCGACAAUUGACUCAAGUUCACUCUGUAAUCAUCACUUCUGGAUUUGAACAAUUUGUUUUCUUCUCUACUAAACUUAUAACUAAAUACUCGCAAUUUCGAGACUGUAAUUCGUCUAGAUCUGUUUUCGAUCAGGUUUCAAACAAAAAUAACGUUUUUCUAUGGAAUUCAAUCAUAAGAGCACUAACCCAGAAUGGGAUUUUCUCAGAAUCUCUGGAACUUUUCUUCAAAAUGAGAAGCUUGGGUCUAAGACCAGACAAUUUUACUUUUCCAUCUGUUAUCAAUGCUUGUGCUGGUUUAUCAGAUAUGGAGAACGGUAAAUUCGUUCAUGAGUGUAUUUUAGAAAUGGGGUUCGGUUCAGAUUUGUUUGUCUGUAAUGCUCUGAUCGAUAUGUACUCAAGGUUUAGGUGUCUAGAUGAAGCUCGUAAUCUGUUCGAUAAAAUGUCUCAAAGAGAUAUAGUUAGUUGGAAUUGUUUGAUUUCGGGUUACUCCGCCAAUAAAGAGUGGAUAGAAGCGGUAGAAAUAUUUAGUUUAUCGAGGAAUUCUGGUUUGCUUCCUGAUUCCUUCACUGUUUCGAGCAUUUUGCCUGCAUUCGGUAAUAUGUUUUAUGUCGAAGAGGGUUUGAUCAUCCAUGGACUAAUUCAUAAAAUUGGAGUUGAUUCGGAUAGAUUGAUAAACAAUGGACUUAUCUCAAUGUACUGUAAAUUUGAAAGCUUAAAUGAUGCUCGGAAAGUUUUUGACGAGAUGGGGAGUAGAGAUAAUGUUUCGUGGAACACAAUGAUUUGCGGAUACUCACAAGUUGGAUUGUUUAGCGAUGCAAUCAUGAUGUUUAAAGAUAUGAUUAUUAGAUUUAAACCGGAUUUGUUAACACUUACCGAUGUUCUUAAAGCUUGUGGUCACAUGAAAGAUUUGGAAUUUGGGAAGUUUGUUCAUGAGUACAUGAAAAGUAAAGGAUUUAACUGUAGUACUUUGGCUGGCAACAUUCUCAUUACAAUGUACGCUAGAUGUGGGGAUUUAUGUUCUUCCCUGGGAGUAUUUGAUCAGUUGCCGGUUAGAGAUUCUGUUUCGUGGAAUUCUUUGAUCAGCGGCUACAUAGAUAGCAAGUGUUAUGGUGAAGUGAUUAAGCUUUUUAAGAUGAUGAAUGACUCAGAAGUAAAACCAGAUUCUGUCACUCAUCUAAUGCUCCUUUCAAUGUGUACUGAACAAGCAGAAUUUAUCCAUGGGAAGGUACUCCAUUGUAAUGUAUUAAAAAUGGGAUUCAAUUCAAGUUUGACAGUAUCCAACGCAAUUUUGGGUAUGUAUGCAAAAUGUGGUAGUUCAGAAGAUUCGCUUAAACAGUUUGAGGAGAUGAAAAUACGGGAUGCAGUAACCUGGAACACUCUGAUAUCUGGUUCUGUUCACUCGGGAAAUUGUGAAUUAGGGUUGAAAGUUAUCAGCCAAAUGAGGACAGAGGGGUUGAUCCCGGAUUGCGCUACCAUGUUAUCAAUAUUACCUGCCUGUUCUUUCUUGGCAAUCAAAAAGCAAGGUAAAGAAAUCCAUGGCUCCAUACUGAAAUUCGGGUUGGAUUCAGAGGUUCACAUUGGCAAUGCGUUGAUUGAAAUGUACUCCAAGUGUGGAAGUCUACAAAACGCUCUCCAUGUAUUCAACUCCCUGAAAAUGAAGGACGUGGUGACUUGGACUGCUCUGGUUUCUGCUUAUGGGAUGUAUGGUGAAGGUAAGAAAGCUCUGAGGGCUUUCUCUGAAAUGGAGUCCAUGGGUAUUCUCCCAGAUCGUAUAGCUUUUGUUGCUAUUAUUUAUGCUUGUAGUCAUUCGGGUUUGAUCCAAGAAGGUUUACAGUGUUUUCAUCAAAUGAAAGAUAACUAUAGAAUCAAACCCGAGGCUGAACAUUAUGCUUGUGUAGUGGAUCUUCUAUCUAGAUCAGGUCAUUUAGAUGAAGCAGAGAAAUUUAUACUCGAGAUGCCAGUAAAACCAGAUGCAAGUAUCUGGGGAGCUUUACUAAGUGCUUGUCGUUCGAGCACGAGUGGGUCUCAAAUUUCAGAACGAGUUUCAAAGAGAAUUCUCGGAUGUGAUCCAAACAAUACUGGUUACUAUAUUCUAGUAUCAAACGUAUAUGCAGGUUUAGGAAAGUGGGAACAAGUUAGUAGGAUUCGGAAAUCCAUGAAAGGUAAAGGGCUUAAAAAGGAAGUGGGUUGCAGUUGGAUUGAAAUUCAAAACAGGGUUUAUGUUUUUGGAACAGGAAAUAGAUAUAUCGAACAGUCAGAAGAAAUUCAUAAGUUACUCAAAAAACUGUCAAGAUUAAUGGUUAAAGAAGGUUAUGUUGCAGAUAAGAAAUCUGUUCUUCAUGAUGUUGCCGAUGAUGAGAAAAUGGAUAUGCUUUGCGGGCAUAGUGAACGAUUGGCAAUUGCUUUUGGAUUGUUAAAUACAAAACCUGGUACUAAAUUACAGAUCAUGAAGAAUCUUAGAGUUUGUGGGGAUUGCCAUACUGUGACUAAAUACAUUUCGAAAAUAAUGAACAGAGAGUUAUUAGUUAGAGAUGGUAAUCGAUUUCAUUUGUUCAAAGAUGGAGUUUGUAGUUGUGGUGAUUUUUGGUGACAUUUGAUUUCUUUGUCUAAUUCCAUUCUGGAUCGAGUGAAGAACAAAUCCCAUUAACCGUUGUAAAGCAAAGGUCCUUCAAUGGAUUCAUUCAUUCUUUUUAAUCAUUCAAUGACAUUUUAAAUG